AUGAUGACAAGUGGCAAAAGUAAAUGUGAAAAAUUAGUGUUAAUGGCAUUAGAAGAGGAGAACCAUAAUGUGGAUAAUUCUGAAGUACAAGAUUUUGACUCUGACUGUUCAAUUCAAGAUCCACAUUACGAACCUUCAUCAGACAGUGAAAGCACUGAUAAAGAAAAUGUCUCAAGUACUAAGAAAGAUGAAAGAAAGGAGAGGAUAGAUGCGGAAGAGAAGAUCUUUAAAAGAUCUUCAAAAAUGAAACGCUCCCCUCAAAGGAGCAGAGAAAAUGAGAGCGGGGUUCAAGUUCCGUCUGGGGAUGAGAACCAGAAGAUAAAGGCCCGAAAGGCGAGUACGGGGUCGGUCCUGGAUAGUAUCCUGGAUUCUUCUUCGGACGAAGGGGAGCCCCUAGACUCUAAGAGGAAAAGGGGAAAAAAUGAAGAAUCAGAAAAGGAGCCAUCGGAGGAAGAGGAAUGGUCGGUGACGAGGGGGAAAAGAAAGAAAAGGAGCCCCAAGUCCAGGACCGACCAACACAAAAAGAACACCGAAGAAAACGAGGUGGAGGUGCUUCACCGAAGGGUGGAGGAGCUCCAAAUGACGAUCGAGGAGAUCCACCGUCUGACGAUCUUAUAUCCAAAUACCCAGACGGAUAUAAAGAAAUGUGUGAAAGCGGCGAGAACUUGCGUGGUGCAGACCGCGAGGUGUGCUAGUCGAGUGAGCAGGAGAGUGAGCGAGCAGGAUGAAAAUCUGAGGCGAGUGCGGAAGGAAUUGGCGGAGGUGCGCUCGGGUCUGGCGGCUGCGAGCGCUACUCCGGCAAGGCCGAAAGGGUUGUGUGUGGGGAUCCAGGUUGGGAGCGAAGACUUGGAUGAGUUAGAGGCUGCCAGAAAGGAAGAAGAGAGAGUGGCAGCCCUAAAAGAACGAAUGGGCAGGGUCGUAGAAGUUGACGAGGUCAUAGACCUCGCCAACGAAGAUUGGCCGGAGGCAGUCUUCGAAAGGACCGAGGCGACGGAAGAAAGCCCACUUGGAAGGGCAAAUGACCUGGGUGUGUUUGUGGCGAACGGGGGAGACACCGGGGGCGAGGUUUUUGGUGCCUACCCAGAGCUGGUGUCUCUUCCUGUGGAGGAGAGAAUGGAGGAUGUCAGGUGCGGGUGGAUGGCAGUCAUGACCAGAGUGCCCGGGAGGGAUACUACCGAGAAGUAUAUCUUCAAGGUGGUUCCCUCUGACAGAAAUGAGAUGUUCCUGGAGCUGCCGUCAGUUUCUACAAAUACGACAAGGAAACGCAUUCGCAAGGAAAAUACGUGGAAAAAAAAUGUGAGAAAAAACAAACGAGCUAAAGGUGAGGAAUACACUAACACUAAAGGCGUUAUCGUUCUCGCUAAAACGAUAAAUACACAAUAUCGAUGUCCCUGUAACGAAAAACGCCACGAGAAGAUCGAACCUGAAAGACAAAGAAUACUAUUUUCCAAAUAUUAUGGAUUAUCAAAUUUCAAUUUGCAAAGCUCAUACCUGUGUUCACUCGUAAAUGUCGUAAUUAAAGCAAGAUCAUGUAAACAAAAUGCAAACGAUGUCACAACAAAGGCGAGAGAAUUUUCCAGACUGUAUCAUUUACCAGAUAUGAACGGAAGACAAAUUCGUGUUUGCAAGUCAUUUUUCAAACAUGUCCUUUAA